CUUUAAAUCACCAUCAAAGAAAUUCCAAUUUUCUCGGAUUUUCUUUCUCAAUUUUAAUUCUCACAAUCCCUAAAACCCUAGCCCUCUUUCACGCGACUCAUCUCAAAGCUCAAGCUCCUCUGUUCCUGCUUGUGGCUGAAAUUGUUUCAGACAGUGCUUUUGAUGACUCUGAAACACAGCUGCAGACAAGCUUAAACGAAGCUGUAUCUACUGACUUUGAUGGUGAAAUAUCAAAAACCCUAAUUUAAUUCAAUUUUUUUUUUUUUUACACUGAGGGUUUUAAUCAUCAAUGCUUACCACAGUACACUGGGUAAGCAAUAAAGUUCAAAGUCCCAUUCUCCUUUAAAUCCCAAGAAAACCCACCAAAAAAAAAACUAAACUUCAGAUUUUAAAUUUUGGGUGAAACAAAAAAAUGCCCUAAAUGGUUAUAGAGAAGCUUAGGAAUGAGAUUAUUGGUGAUGAUGAAAUGAUUGGAGAUCUGAUGAAGAACAACAAUGGCGACGUCGUGGAUAACAACAACAACCGGUUAAGCCGGUGGCAUCACAACUCUUCAAGGAUCAUUAGGGUUUCAAGAGCUUCCGGUGGUAAAGAUCGACACAGCAAAGUCUGGACUUCCAAAGGCCCACGUGACCGGCGUGUCCGGUUAUCAGUCUCCACCGCUCUUCAGUUCUACGAUCUUCAAGACCGGUUAGGUUACGAUCAGCCCAGCAAAGCCGUUGAAUGGCUUAUCAAAGCUGCUGAGGAUUCCAUCUCCGAGCUCCCUUCGCUCAACAACACAAAUUUUCCGAUGAACGAUGACGACGAGAAUCAGAUUCAGACAGUAACUGGUGCUUCUGCUCCUGCGGCUAAUUCGUUGUCUAAAUCUGCUUGUAGUAGCAAUUCAGACACGAGCAAGAACUCUUCUGGUUUGUCUCUUUCGAGAUCGGAGCUAAGGGAUAAAGCUAGAGAACGAGCUAGAGAGAGAACAGCUAAAGAGACCAAGGAGAGAGACGGUAAUAACAACAACAACAACAACCACCAUACGACUUCGUUUACCGAUCUGUUAAACUCCGGUUCGGAUCCGGUUAAUGCUAACCGGCAAUGGAUGGCUCCUUCUUCAUCGCCUGCUCCUAUGGAGUAUUUCAGCUCCGGUUUGAUUCUCGGGUCGGGUCAAACCCAUUACCCGAUUCAGACAAAUUCUCAUCCUUUCUCAUCAAUCUCCGACCAUCAGCAUCAUCCUCAUCCUCAUCAAGAGUUUUCCUUCGUUCCCGACCAUCUGAUAUCUCCGGGAGAAUCUAACGGUGGUGGAGCAUUCAAUCUCGACUUCAACAUGUCUACAACCUCCGUGGCGUCCACCGGGUUCAGUGGUUUCAGCAGGGGGACCCUUCAGUCCAAUUCAUCUAAUCAUCAUCAGCAAUCUUUUCUCGCUAAUCUACAGAGGUUUCCAUCAUCAGAAGGUGGUGGAGGUCCACAGUUCUUGUUCGGUAACGGUGCACUGCCUGCAGAGAAUCACCACCCCCACCACAAUAAUCACAAUCACCAGUUUCAGCUUUACUAUGAAAAUGGAUGCAGAAACUCUGACCAAAAGGGCAAAGGCAAGAACUGAUAUGUUGUUAUUUACCAUUUGCUUCUUUUGUUUUAAGUUUCUUUAUUUGUUUUUGCUUCAUUCAUCCCCCAAGUGUCAAUCUUCUUGGUUUAUCUUUUGAUUGUCAUCCUCAAUGUGUUAAAUCUGUUUAGGGGUUUCCCUUUUUGUUUACUGGUCCAAUUUGGAAAUCUUUUUGAAUUGGAUUUGUAAUGUUGUAUUUGUGAUAAUAUCAUUUUGUUUGUGGUUUAUUAUCUUUGGCAUGAA